ACGAAAAUUAUCAGUACCAAUAUUUUCCAGUCGUGUGUUAAUAUCAUCCCGAAGUCUGAGACUACCCACAAUGUAUCGUUCAACCAUUUUAUUUUGUUGUCUGUGUUUAUUCAAUUUUAUGCAUUCAACUAUUGCCAUUACGGAUGAACAGAGAGCUCAAAUCCAUCAGCAUUUCGAAAUGAUCGGCAUUGAGUGCAUAAAUGAUCAUACAGUCACCGAAGAUGAUAUCACGAAUUUGAGAACCCGGAAGCUACCGUCUGGUGCAGGCGCACCGUGCUUUUUAGCCUGUAUGAUGAGGAAAAUUGGAGUGUUGGAUGACCAAGGACUUAUGCAAAAAGAAAAUGCUUUGGAACUCGCAAGAAAGGUUUUCGAAGACGAGGAAGAGGUGCAGAAGAUUAGCGACUAUAUGCAUUCAUGUGCGCAUGUAAAUACAGCAUCAGUUAGCGACGGUGAAAAAGGUUGCGAGAGAGCGUUCUUGGCCUAUAAAUGCAUGAUGGAAAAUGCCCCGCAGUUCGGCUUCGAUAUUUAAUGAAUACUAUGCAAGAUAACAGAAAGUGGCUCACAAUGCAUCUAUUUCAACUUGACAAGGCUUUCAAUUUGUUUUAAAUAUAAUCGUAUUAACAGAGUUAAGUAUUUAAUUAUUGUUCUUAUUUAAUAAAUUUUAUGCUCAUUGAAA